GGGUUGCCAGAGUGUGAUUUUAAUUAUUUUAUUUGUAACUAAGACUGUUAAUUAUAUACAUGUUUAUUUUUCAUUUAUUUAAAAAUAUCCAAAUAUAUAGAUUUGAUAAAAAUGCUGUGCAUUGCAAGCAAACAAAAAUACAUUUCUUAAGUUGCCAGUACUGCAGGCAGUUAAUGGGUGUGUGUGGUUGCCAUGACGCCGAGGGCUGUGGAUGUGUACAUGUCUAGCUAUUUCUGCAGUUCAAACCCGUUCCUGGAGAAAACUUGGAGAGGAAACACGUUGAUAACAAUAAUGGAAAAUGAAGGAUCUGGAGAAAACACUGAUGACCUGCUGUCUGCAGAGGAGUAUGAGGGGUUUGAUGUUUAUGGUCUUAUACCUUUGUCAUUGUCUCAUGAUCACUGUGAUGUUCUGCUGGACUCCAUAGACACGCAGCUGAGUCAUCUACAGAUCCAUAGCCAAAACCGAAUGCAUGGAGAAAACCCCAAAAUAUAUGAAUUUCCUUUCUUGGGCUAUCUUGAUCGGAGUCAUUCUGUCAGUAAAGACACAGGCUUGGGGAGCACUGUUCAAACCAAUGAUAAAACACCAUCCAACCUUGGCGAGACUCAGUCAGAAAUCAAAGAUGACCAAAUAGAACAUCAGACAAAGGAGAUGAUAGAGGUUGGAGUCCCAGCUACAGAUGUGUGGUGUCCUGGGGGAAGGGGCAGCUUGAGCUCUGUGUCCAGGGUAGAGCAGUGUUGUUGGAGACUGGAGAGGCUUCUUGGGAUAAAUACUGAGGUGGCAGGGAUGGGAAACGAGGAGGACGACCUCACAAUGGACAGCAUCUGUACUGAAGACUUCUCAACACGCUUUAGAGAGGAAAUGCUUGUCCCGUCGGCUUCAGGUAUUCCAAUGCAGAGUUUUGAUUCGGUCACCAUAGACACUGAUUUGGAGACAGUGAGCUCUGAACAGGUUCAACAGCACCUGAACUCUGCACUAAGCAACAGGACAGCCUUUCAUCUGAGCAGAGAAAACGGAUACUGUACAGGACAAACCAACCAAAUACAAAACAGUAUUCAAUCCUUCAGCUCUGAUGAUGAGAGAACUGUUGAGGAGACGAGUAGUGAAGGUGCUGUGUCGAAGCUUGACUACAGAAGAAGGAGACAUUCAUCAGGCAGGAAGGGGAAGAGGAGGCGUUUGUACCAAAACAAAAGGAAUGACUCCUACAUUGGCACAAAGAAAGAUCGGGGCAAGAGCAGAAUAGAUGAAGAUCAGCUCAAAGAGCUGAGCAUGUCACUUACUGAGAUUCAACGGGAAAAAAACACCACACUUCAUACUCUGAAGAAGCUGAGAGAGGAAGUGGAUCGAGCUAAGAGAGAGCAUCUCUCUCUCCAGCUCAAUGUGAAGGACAGCAGAGCACAGGCUCAGGACAUCACGUGUGAGCUACAAAGACUGCAGGCCCAGAGGAACUUAUUCUUGAAGGAGGUCAGGGUUCUGCAGGAGCAACAGUGUGCAAGCCGCAGUGUGUCUGUUCUGGAAAGGGAAGAGAUGGACAGACUGCUGGGUAAUGCCAAGUCAGAACUGUUCUCAGAGCAGAGGCGUUUCAGACACAAACUGGACUCUGCGCAUGAGAGGCUGGAUGAGGUGAAUCAGGAGCUGGAGCAGAGCGAGGAGGACUGCAGGGCUCUCCGACAGAAAUGCACUGAGCUGGAGGAGCAGCUGGCUGAUGCUCUCAGAGAAAAAGAACAAAUAAAGGAGACUUCUCAGAAAGAUCUAGAGCAACAGGUGAAGUGUUUGGGAGCGCUGGAGCGAUCAGUUGCUCAGAAGGAGCUGCUUUUACAGAGAACAGAAGACGCAAAGGAAGGCCUUCUUCAGGAGCUCUGUUCACUGAGAGAGGAGCACAGCUUUAAGCUGAGAGAAAUGCAGAACAAGACAGAGCAAGAGAUUGAGCAACUGACAUUACAGUUAACCAAAAGCCACAAAGAGGAGCUUCAAAAGGUGCAUCAGCAGGCGGAUGAGUUGAGAUCAGCUGCUCUCAGUGAACAAGCUCAGAGCCUGGACGUCUUACACAACUGCAUCCAGAUGAAAGAUGAGGAGAUAAAGAGACUGAAAGAGGUUCUAGAGCAGCAUGAGGAGAAUAUGAGGAAGCAAGCAGAGGAACUCAAUAGAGAAACUCAGGAAAAGAUUCGAAAGGCUGUGAAACGAGAGGAAAGGAAAUGGGAGGAACAGAGAGAGAAGGCUCUUAAAGAGCAGCGUGGGCCUCUGGAGCAGCAGAUAGACGAGGCAGUGAAGAGAGGGAAAACAGAAGUGGAGAAGGAGAGAAGGAACACACUGGCCUUACAGAGGAAAGUGACGGAGCUUCAGAAAAAGGCAGAGAUGGAGAUGGUGCAUCUGAAGCAAACUUUGCAGCGGUCUGAAAAGGAGCUUCAGGAGCUGAAGAAAGCCCUCUCUGAGAAAGACCAAAAACACCAGAGAAGAACAGCCAGACUUGAGCAGCAGAGCCGACGCUGGGCGCAGGACAUACACAGCGAGUGUGUUCGCUUGCAGGAGUUACUGGCUGUUGACAACAAGAACUCUUCAGACAGUCCUACAGUGAGUGAAACUCUUCAGACUCUGCAGACCCUCACAAAAGCCCUACAGCAGCAUAUUAAUGAUCUAAAAGAUGAGCUCAACUCUCAGAGAUGUGCUGCGAUGCAACUCAGCCGAGAAAAGGAACAAGAGCUUCAUCUGCAGAAACAGCAGUUGAUGGAUGAAAAGGAAAGAGCACUGGCUGCUCUAAAAGAGAAUCUCAUACAGGAGCACAUCGAGGAAAUGAGCAGCAUAUCUCGAGCACAGCUGCAGAUGAACCAUGAUGACACAGACGAACUGUGUGUCCAUCUGCGCAGGCAGCUGCAGGCCAAAGAUGAUGAGCUCAGACGGUUGAAGAGCAACAUGACACAGGGGAAAGACAAAACCACUGCAAGACUUGCACAUAAAUUUGAGAUGGAGCUUAAAGCAGAGCUGGAGAGGAGGGUCCCGAAGCCCCGAGCAGAGCAGCAGAAGAGACUGGAAAGACUGGAGAAUGAAAUGAGACAUCUGACUGGGCAAUGCCAAGACUACAACGAAUACCAAUCGGCCUCCACUGCUCUUCAGGGUGGCACAGACUUCCAAAACUCUGGAGUAACCCAAGACCCGACCUCAUAUAAACUGCUACAGCACCUCCAGAGUCGCAUUCGUCAGCUUCGAGCAGAGAGCCAAACCCGCUGCCCCAGGCCAGUGAAGUGGGACAGGGAUCCCACAGACCUGGGUGGGUCUUAUCUGGACACGAUUGCUCCAGCCCUGGACAGCUAUAAGACUGAGGAUCAUUUACCUGCAAAGACCGUCUCCAGUUAACAUUUACUUUCAACUCUCUGGAAUCUGUCCAUUACAUUGAUUUUAUAGGAAAACCAUGUACAAGAAUAUAACUUAAACCAUCUCUGUGGAGCUCAUGAUGAGCAAUGUUCAUGGUUGCAGGUGAAUGUUUAAUUUAGGCCUGUUAUAGAUCAAAGGAUAAACUUUGAUACAUACACACACACGUACACACAUAUAAAUUAUGUUUAUAUUUACUGUGAAAUAAUGAACAGAUCUAGUGUCUUAUAUAUAUAUAUAUAUAUAUAUAUAUAUAUAU